AUGGCUGGAAUCCCGAUUAAACUUGAACCGCAAUCAGACAAGUGUCCGGAACCGGUUCUCUACUCCGGCGAAAAGAUUCAGAACCAGCCGGGCCCAGCAUGGCACAACUGUGAGAAUCUAGAACUCUUGCAUCAAGUUAAGAUUCAUGAGAAAGCAGCCAAGGAUGGCUUCAAAUGUCUUGAAGAGUUGGCGUCCAGCCUGAAACGCCAUUUGUCAGACCUUCCCAGCUGCGAGAAGUGGAUCCGGAGGUUGAAAUGCCCAGUUCUCAUUGGAUUUAUCGGAGCAUCUGGUGCUGGAAAGUCAAGCCUUAUCAAUACCUUACUUGAACAUGAUGAUCUUCUUCCAGCCGAUGAUGAGAAAGCUUGUACCGCAGUUUGCGUUGAAAUUUCAUGGAACCCGGUGAACGACCCAGAAAGGGCAUAUCUAGCAACAGUCGAAAGAAUAAGCGAAGAGGAUUGGCGCACUGAGAUUGAAAGUCUCUUUCAAGACUUGAAACUAAGUCAUGGCCCUAAUGGUAGCGAGGAGGCAUCCGAAACGGGUAGCUAUGAAGCCGAAGUCGAGCACGACGAGGAUAAUGAGGACGACGAGGGUGGUGGGGAUAGUGAGGACGGUGAGGCCGAUAGCGGCGGCGAUGGCGAUGACGACGAUGAUGAUACACAGGACCCGGAAAGGGAGGCGCGGAUCAAGGCUGCAUUUCAUAAGCUCAAGUGUGUCUAUCCACACAUUGGGACUAUCGAUGACCUUUCGCAAUAUACAGUCUCAGAACUCAUAGAUGACCCAAAUGUCAAGGAUAUUCUAGGAGAGAGCGCAUCAAUUUUUGAUCAUUCUCAAGACCGAUUUGCAGAGCGGGUUAAGCCCUUCAUCGAGAGCGGCAGAGUUAAGAACGGACGAAGCUCAUUUGCACAGUGGCCGUUGGUAAAGCUUGUGCGCUUACGUAUAAAGUCUGCUAUUCUGCGUAAUGGAGUUGUUCUGGUCGACCUUCCAGGCACUAUGGAUAGUAAUGUCGCUCGUGGCGCGAUUGCGGGAAAAUAUCAAGAGAAUCUUGCCGUCACUUGCGUCAUUGCGCCUACGCAGCGUGCAGCUUCUGAUAAACCGGCCCAAGAUUUACUUGGAAAAAUUACCCAGCGUUCGCUACAGUUGGAUGGUCGUUUUUCCAGCGAUACCUUGUGCUUUGUUGUUUCGAAAACAGAUUCGUCCAUUAGCGUACCUCGAUAUAUUAGCACUCAUCUUAAUGUGGAAGAGCUUCUUGCGCCGGAGUUUGCUCUCCAGGGCAAGCUGAAAGAGACCAUGAAUAAAUUAAAGGAAAAUGAUAGAGUGCUCAAGGUGAAAAAAAGGGCGGGGGAAACAGUCCUAAAAGAACUCAAAAAGGAACUCAAACAACUCCAAAAGCUCAUAAAGAAGUCUCACCCUCAAAAGGCCAGGAAGCGCAAGCGUAUUCCAGAUGAAGAGGAGCUGAACCCUAGUGCCCAGGGGGCAUUUGGUCCUCUUACGGCUGAAGAGGAGUUGAACAAUCAAAAAGAAAGCGAGCUGAAGCAGAAGAUCAGAGCCGCCCAAGAUGAUAUUAUCACCAUACAUGCUGUCCAGAAUAAGGCAGCAGAUAAUAUUAAAAAGGCUGAAGCUUUGGUCGAGCUCUCAACAUCUCGACAACGAGCUGCUUGCAUUCAAAACAGAAAUGCAGUGUCAGCAGCUGAACUAAGAAAAGACUAUGAUGCUGCCGCAAAUAUGCUCCCAGAGGCUAAUCAGAAGCCGCUCCAGGUAUUUUGUGUCUCUGCGCUUGCCUUUUCGGAAUUAAAAAAGAAUGCUGGUUUGGUUCCUGGCUUCCUAAGGCUCAGAGAUACGGGAAUUCCUCAGCUGGCUAAAUGGCUUGCAGAGACAACUUUGAGACCUCGGCAUCGCAGUGCAACAUCAUUUCUAAAGGAUAUCGAGAGCCUCGAGUUCUCUAUAGCACCAUGGCUCAAAACUUGCUCUGAAUUCAAAAUGUCUGCUUCUCAGGCAGAGGCGGUUGAAGAUGCUUUCACUCUAAAUUUUGAAGUUUUGCUAGAGAAUUUAGCUCAGGCCCGUUCAGACACCAUUCAAGAAUUCAAAGAUAUCGUUGAAAAGAAGAUAUUUUUGGUGAUGGCGGCGAAUGAGACAGCAGCCGCCCGAAAAUCCAUCAGGACGGUGCGUGCCUGGGCACGACGUCCCGUCUACUGGUCCACACAUAAAGCAACCAAUAGAGGCAACGGAGUCCACAGGGCAGGUAACGGGGCUGAAUAUAACUGGAACGAAGACUUGGCUGGACUCUACCUGGAUUCGCUAGUUGACCUGUGGAGCGGAACAAUCCACAAGAAGUUGUCAAAAGGACGUGGUACCUAUAACAAUGUGGUUGUCAAAUCCAUCGAGGAGUUCAUUGAAGCUACAAAGAGUUCUACCUUGAACAUUUGCCCGGAGUUAUCUGAGGCAAUUUGUGACUGGCAAGAUAGUGUCCUUAGAGCCCCACCCCAAAUCCAGAGGAAGUCUCGGUCAAUAUUCAAAAAAACAAUACCAGAGUUUGCCAGCCUAGCCCAUCGAACGGUUACGCCAAAAGUUUUAGAGACCUGGAGGCCAGUUUAUGAGCAAUGCGCUGCCGAAUUUGGCCUUGGUCAUUUUAGACGCAACCGUAUGACCCAUGAGAUAUAUAUUAAUCAGUCAGCGCAUGCAAUGUACCGGGAUUGCAGCCAAGAAAUUCAACAUGUUUUCAAGCAACUUUGGCAAUGCCUUCCAGGAAAGUUCGAUAAAGUCACCAAUCCAGAGACGGAGCGAAUCGCUGAUGAGUUUGUCGAUUUGGUAGAGAAGAACAGCUUCGAUGAGGAACGAAUGGAGGAGGAAACCGCAACAGGAGCACAGAGGUUGGAAUUGCAACAGGAAGUAGUAGGUGCAUUUAUCAAACUCAAGGCUGCCUGGUGCGAUCCGGCUCAGGAGCAACAAGAAGGAGCCCAUAAAAAUGGAGAUGAUGGGGACGAGAAUAUUCCAUCCCCCGAGAUUGAUUUUGAAAAGUUGCUCAAUUUAGAACCAGAUGAUUCUGGCUCAUCACUCAGUGAAGAGUCCGAUGAAUCCGGAGAUUGA